CAGGGAAUGACUUCCGGAACUUCUACUUCCGGCCCGGAAGAGCUGUGUCAGGGUGCAGGGACAGGGCAAGAUGGCGACAGCGGCUGUGAUUGAGUUCCAAAGAGCGCAAGAAAUGGUGGUUACCGAUAAGGCUGCGAGCAUAGAUAUACUCCAGUCCAUAGUGAAGCGAGAUAUCCAGGAGAGUGAUGAGGAAGCUGUGCGCGUCAAGGAACAGAGUAUCCUGGAGUUGGGUGGGCUUCUCGCCAAGACGGGACAGGCUGCAGAGCUUGGCGGACUCCUGAAAUAUGUACGUCCAUUCCUGAAUGCCAUCAGUAAGGCAAAAGCAGCCAGACUCGUACGAUCCCUGCUUGACCUAUUCUUAGACAUGGAGGCAGCAACUGGACAGGAGGUGGAGCUGUGCUUAGAAUGCAUUGAAUGGGCCAAGGAUGAGAAAAGGACCUUUCUACGACAGGCGCUGGAGGCUCGGCUUGUCUCUCUCUACUUGGACACUAAACGUUACCAAGAGGCGUUGCAAUUAGGUUCUCAGCUUCUACGAGAACUGAAAAAGAUGGAUGACAAAGCCCUUUUAGUUGAGGUUCAACUCCUGGAGAGCAAGACCUACCAUGCCCUUACCAACUUACCCAAAGCCAGAGCAGCCCUGACUUCUGCCCGUACCACAGCCAAUGCCAUCUAUUGCCCACCCAAGCUUCAGGCUGCCCUGGACAUGCAAUCAGGUAUUAUCCAUGCAGCAGAGGAGAAAGACUGGAAAACGGCUUACUCCUAUUUCUAUGAGGCUUUUGAGGGAAAUGAUUCUAUUGACAGUCCCAGAGCUAUCACAGCCCUGAAGUACAUGUUGCUCUGCAAGAUAAUGCUGAACACACCAGAAGAUGUGCAGGCCUUAGUGAGUGGGAAACUGGCUCUCCGUUACGCUGGGCGACAGACGGAAGCAUUGAAAUGUGUGGCCCAAGCCAGCAAGAACCGCUCCCUCGCCAAUUUUGAGAAGGCACUGACAGAUUACAAGGCAGAGUUGCGGGAGGACCCAAUCAUUAGCACUCACCUGGCCAAACUUUAUGACAACUUGUUGGAACAGAACCUUAUCCGAGAUAUUGAACCCUUCUCCAGAGUACAGAUUGAUCAUGUAUCCAGUCUAAUCAAGCUAUCAAAGCCUGAGGUAGAACGCAAACUCUCCCAGAUGAUCCUAGACCAGAAAUUUCAUGGUAUCCUAGAUCAGGGAGAGGGUGUCUUGAUAAUUUUUGACGAGCCGCCUGUAGAUAAGACAUAUGAAGCUGCUCUGGAAACCAUUCAGAACAUGAGCAAAGUGGUGGAUUCUCUGUACAACAAGGCCAAGAAACUGACAUAGGUCAUAUAAAAUAAUCGGCCCUUGAAGAAUCCGAGCAGCAGGAGCGGCGGACAACUCUCCUCCUCACGUGGGAUAGUGGAAAAGGGGCAGGGGCUACUGAAGGGAUUUUUUUUUUCUAUUCUCUCUCCCCCCCCCCCCCCCCCCUCCCCUCUCUUCAUUCUAACUAGUAACAUCUUUUGUUAUGAAUGAAUGAUUUUUAAAGUUCCAUUAAUGGGUGACAUAACAGCCAGGGCCCUUCCAGGUUCUGGGCUCACUGCGUGCUCUAUUUCCACUAUCUCACUGUUACACAUCCUGGGGGUGGGUAGAAUAUUUGCUUGUUUUAUAGAUUUUUCUGUGUACUUACCUGGAGCAGUGAUGUUGGGUGGGGUCCCUUUGAGCUAUCCCCUGGUCUUCAGACCCUUUGAUCUCUAGGCACAUAACAUAGCCAAAUGCUGCUGUACAUACUGUGUACCAUGUAGUGACUCCUAGGAGUCUGGAAGAUGCUGGGUAUGGCCCACGGUUUAGCUUCCACAGGGAACCCUCACUUCUGAUAAAUUAUAUAAACGGGUUUGCUGCUUUCAGGGAUUUAAUGAAACAAAAAAUUACUGUUGCCGCUCUUGUUACCACUUCCCUGUCCCUGCUUGUCUUUGGGUUUCAAUGUCCCAUAAGAGGUGCACAAUUUCCACCCAGCUGAAACCAGAGUAUAUCUGAUGUUCAGAUGUGUUCCAAUAAAGAUCUUUUUUUUUUUUUCUU